AUGGCCACAGCCGCCUCCUCGUGGCGGCUGAUCUGCCGACGGACCGCGUCCCCGUCGUUCGGCCUAUUGACCGAAGGCGCAGGCCGCGGUGCUGUACAGGGACGCGUCGUCGUCACUGUCGUGUUGCCGCAGUCGCCUGCAUACGUGGCCGGUCUGGCCAUUGGCGACGAGAUUCUAGCAGCCGAGGCCAAGUGGCACGAGUGCAACAUGGCGCUCCCGCCCCGCGCCGCCAUGGACAGCGCAGCGAUUGUCCGCCUCCUCGAGAACGAGAACGCGCGCUGCAUCUCGCUCUACGUGCGCCCGCGCUCGAUGUCGAACGCGUUGGCGUGGCACUUGGAGAAGCGCUUAGCGUUGGUCGCACACAGCCGACGAGACGUCCCGACCGAACCUGAGGAGCGCGAUGCGUGGCUGCAUGCCCUGACCGAGACAUGGGACGCCGAACACCGUAUCCAGGACAUGAGGCGCCUAAGUCUAUUGUUUCCGUUGGCGUCGCCGACAGACCGGACGCACGACCAGAAGCGGUACCAUUGUGAGCUCGUCGCCUACGGGCAACCGAGUCGACUUAUUGCACAGAUCGCGACAACCAAAGACCCGGCGCUACGUCUCUAA